GCCCGCUACCAAUGGGACUCGCCAUAAUUAGCCCAAACAGACAUACGGAGCGUUGCUAUUGAAAAGAGUUCCAUCAUUGUACUUGGUGCCACGAGUUAUUCAGGCUGCCACCGGGCCCCUGAAGCGGGAGUGAGUGUCGUGCCCGAACCAAGAGACUAGCAUUGGACAUGUACUGAUGCCCAUCGAAGUCCCCCGCAAAUCUCCUGCGUCUGCACUUCCGGAGGUCUCCUCACACGUUGCAUUGUCUACGGUAGCACACCCCUGGACCGGAAAUGGGACUCAUCUCCUGCCAGGAUCUUAUCAUUGUCGCUCCUCUCCUCCCGCCUUAUUGUCGAUUCCUCCUAGCUCGGGGUUUUCCGAGGAUUUCCGACCUCCUGUGGUUACUGCUUUUUUGACCCCCUCCACACCAGUCAAAAUGGAAUCUAGCAACCCCAAACUCACCAUUUGCUGCAACUGCAUUCCCCACUGGGAAUUGUCCUGCCUGUAAGCUUCCCCCUUGCUCACACAUGGCAUCAGACACUACGAAUAGUGGUAGCACUCCCCCGUGCCGCGAAUGUGGCAAGCCGCAUGGCUGGCGCGUACUACUGGCCGAUCUUCCCUUACUGCCGCUUGCCGC